AUGGAGUUGCAUCGUAAGUUUACGUUUGAUGAUCCAGAAGACAGUUAUUGGAACGACAAUGAUAGUCAAAACUCUUUCUUUGAAGAUCAUCGAAAUGCCGUAAGUUAACAUUGGUGUAUCACCCAUCAAUUCACUAUUUACUCUAUACUUUUUUAAUUUAGAGCGUAGCAAGGCAAGUCUUGGAUGAUUUGUAUGAAGCCGACUUUGACAUACCAGAAGAAGAAGCGCCUGAUGUUGAAGACAAUGCUUCUAAUGGGAUAACGAUCAAACAAAAUGAAGAAGUUUUUGACGAUAUACCUAAAAUAAACUUUAAUGAAAGGCUACAAAAACCUCAAUUAGCUGGAAAACCUGUAGUGAGUCAAGAUUCCUUAUAGUUUUAUGUGUUUAGAACGAAAGUCCGCGACCAAGAAGAGCUCUGGGAAGCUCGUCUAUGAUAUCUGAUUGUAGUUUCACUUCUUUUUCAAGUGAUGCUACUGUUCAUUUGGACUAUUCUCGUCUCAAAAGUGAACACCAUAAGCUGCAAAAGUACUUGGAUGUAGGUUAUACUUUAAACUAAUUUUUAAAUACAAAAUAUAUUUAAAAACUGGGUUUUUGUAGGAUAAUAUUGAUAUUGUUUUAGAAAGUCAGAGCAGAAAGAUUCGAACCUCCAUCGGUGGAAACAACAAUAAAACGAUUGAAACGCUGUGAUCCUGUUGCAUUAGAUUUUUAUAAGAGUAAACAGGAUAAAGUAGAAUUGUUAGACGAAGCAAUAAACUCCAGGGAUAAUGAUGUUAUACUAACGGUAAGGUUUUAUCAUAUUUGGUGGAUCACAGUUAGGAUAUAGUGGGACUAUUUUUGAAAAUAUUUCGAUAAAGCUUUAGACAAAUGCAGAUAUUUAUGAAGCUUUGAACUGUAGUUAAUUUACGUGUUAUAAAAUGCCAAAACUAUAUUAGUGUUGUUGUUUUAGGUGGUGUUGUUCUUGAAGAAGACUUUAAUUGUUUCGAUAUUUCGGGAAAUCUUGAUUUUUAAACCAGAGGCAGCCGAAGUUUAUAUUACUUAUCUACGGGAGUCUAAUGACACAAAUGAGUUGAUUGACACGUUAUUGUAAGCUUAUGUUUUAAUCUUUUACUUUUUUUUGGUAAUAUUAUAUAAUGCUUAGUAAAGGUCAUUGUACGUUAGUCCGUAUUUUACAAAACAGUAUAUUCUUUAAAACUUUUUCAAGGUAAAAGUUAUUAUUUGGUUGAAUAUUGUCAUUUCAGCUCAUUAGGACGAAGUGAUGAAGCAGCAAUGGUCGAGUUUUCGUGUGCGAUUAAGAAAUGUCACACGACGUCGAAGAUAAACAGUUUGAAGAAGUGUUUAAUCAGUGGCUUUAGUGAUCCAACCUUGAAUUCGGAAGCCAAAUUCGUCGAUGAAUAUAUUCGUUUGAUCGAACGACAAGUUCCUAUUGAUGUAAGGCACUGAAUGUAGUUUGCUUAAUUUCAAAAAACGUAUUUUUAAUUACUUUUCGUCAUCUAUGAUUUGCUUUCAUGGUUGGCAUCUAAGCUUUAAUGUUAUUGUAGGCAGCUGAUGAAGAAGAGUCAAAGUCAGGAAGCAACGAGAUAUUCAAACAAUACCCAAAGAAAGCAACGCUUAUUGGACAGCCAUUACUUACUACUUUGUAUUACUGCUGUUUGUAUCAUUACAAUUUGCCCAUCGUAUGUUAACUUUUUAUUCAUUGUCAUUAUAAUUUAGCUGUCUUAUGUUAUAUGACUGUCAAAAUGUUUUUUCUAUUCAAAAUGACCUUCGAAUGUGUCGUUUAUACCUGAAAACAUGACUUUCAGAACGUGUACGCAUCUCCACUGUCAUUUAAAGCCACUUUUAACAUAAACGAGAAGGCCUACUUCUGGAUGGCGGCUUCAGCAUUGUCACGGAAGAAACAGUUCACAGAAUUAGAGAAGCUGUUAAUAUGUAAGAAGAUGAUUGUAGCGCAAAAGCUGGUCUGUCCAUUCCCUUGGACGGUAUUCUUUCAAUUGGUCGUCAAAUAUGGUCCACCUAGCAAGGAGAUUCUAUCAAAAUGGCUGAAUGCUGUAGGGGAUGUCGAUGAACGACUAAACAUUUCUGAACAAUUUGGUGACUUAACGGCUGCAGUACAGAUCGAUGCCAUAAUAUCUUUGAAGGACAAACAGAAACUGGUCAAUUUGAUGAACAAACUAAACCCAAAGUCAGUAGAAUACAACAAAGCUCAGUUAAUAUUGGCUAACACAGUGAGUUUUCUUGUUAUCAGCUUUAGGGAUUAUAUUGUAUUAGGUGUUCCGAGUUUUACCAAGUAGGUACUUUAUAAGAUCAGAAUGAAGUAUUAGGUUGUUCACAUAAUUGUGUGCUCCCUAUCAAAGCAAUUUGUUGGUUUAGGGGGCACAGAAUUAUUUGACUAUCCUAAUACUUUCGAUUGUCGAAAAGACUAAACUAGAUCAUGAUGAACAGAUCAGACAAGCUACAUGUUUUGAACUUUUUAGGCGAACAAAUGGAAAACUUAA